CGGAUAUGGUUGGAGUGAGACGUCUUACCGAGUCAAACCAUCUGUGCUUCCAGCCAGCUGUAUCCAGGAGCCAAGUUCUCUUUCUCUGUUUUUGAAAUUACAAAGAGAUAAACAGGCCCUCGCAGGGGGAAAUGGAAGACGACGUCUUAACGACGCUGAAGAUUUUAAUCAUCGGUGAAAGUGGCGUUGGCAAGUCCAGCCUUCUCCUACGCUUCACAGAUGACACGUUUGACCCGGAGCAGUCGGCGACGAUAGGUGUCGACUUCAAGGUGAAGACCAUAUCAGUGGAUGGAAACAAGGCAAAGCUGGCGAUAUGGGACACUGCAGGACAGGAGCGCUUUCGAACCCUAACACCGAGUUACUACCGCGGCGCCCAGGGAGUCAUCCUGGUGUACGACGUGACGAGACGAGAGACCUUCACCAAGCUGGACAACUGGCUCAAUGAGCUGGAGACCUACUGCACCAGGAACGACCUCGUCAAGAUGCUCGUCGGAAACAAAAUCGAUAAGGAUAACCACGACGUAGACCGAGCCGAAGGGCUGAAGUUUGCAAGAAAACAUUCCAUGCUUUUCAUCGAGGCCAGCGCAAAGACGAAGGACGGAGUCCAGUGUGCGUUUGAGGAGCUGGUGGAGAAGAUCAUCCAGACGCCCGGGCUGUGGCAGAGCGAGGGCCACGGCAGGGCAGUGCAGCUGACGGACGAAGACGCCGGGGGCGGAGCCUGCGGCGGCUACUGCUCCAUGCUUUAAACCACACAACGCGACGGCAGCACAUGCUAACAUCUACACCCCAAACCCCGUCUCUCUCUCUCCCUCUGUCUCUCGUCCUGAGCUGAGCUCUCUCUCCAGACGGUCGACCGUUUCCACUAAGACACUAGUUUUGCACAAUUAGAAAAGAUGCUGCGCAGCUCAGUCUCAAUUUAAAUGAGUCAGGCUUUUUUUUUCUUCCUGCUGUUUUUUUGUUUAUCUUUUAGGACCUUGUUCAAAGUCUCUGCUU